CAAAGUGCAGCAAUCAAUAUUCUCCAAACAUGGCUCACCUUCUCGGAGCUAUCGCCACUUUAUUAGUGGUUUUUGCCUUUAGAUGCAUUUACAACCUGAUCCGAAAUUUUAUCAGAGCUCGUUCAAUUAAACUGCCGAUUGUGCUCGUUCCAGUGGAUCAAAGCCAGUUGCUCUGGUUGCUACUAUCUCCUUUCAACAGACAUCGUCUUCAGCGAAUUUUGCCUGCGAGCAUUUGGCGGCGCGUAGCUCUCACAAUCUUUGGCUGGGAGUUUCACGAAAAGACGCGGCCGUUUGACCAGUUCGCGCCGCAUCAUGGCUCGUAUCUACUAGUAGGCUUGGGCAAACUUGAGCUUUGGACCGCCGAUCCCAAGGCGACCCAAGACAUACUGCUUCGCGUUCGCGACUUCGAAGUACCGCAGGCACUGGAAUAUGCUCUAGGUCAAUAUGGACCGAAUGUCUUGACCACCAACGGAGACAAAUGGGCAAAGCAUCGAAGAAUAGCCACGAGCGUCAUCGAUGAACGCAUAUCCAAGACCGUUUUCAACGAGUCUGUACGUCAGACCCAUGGUCUACUUGACGAGGUCUUGUCAACACACGGAAACAAGUCCUACUCGGCGGAGACACCACUGCUGUUUGAUAUGCUCAAAAAGAUCACCAUCCACGUGCUCAUUGGGGCUGGUAUGGGUACCCAAAUGCCAUGGAGGAGUGACGAAGACCAGCGGCCGGAGCCAGGCUACAAAAUGACACACGUUGAAUCGCUCACGACGGUCGUGUCAAACAUAGUAGGCGUCGGAAUACUGCCCACGAAUCUUCUUACCCUUUGGCCCGCGUGGUUACCCGGAUACCGCAAGAUGACAACAGUCGGGUGCGCUAAGGUCGAAGUACAGAAGCGCAGUAAGUCGAUACUGGAUCAAGAGCGGAGCCGCAUGGCAACAGAAGAGUCGUCGACGAACAAUAUCAUGAGCAAGCUCCUUCAAGCAUCAAAAGAUGGCAGUUCUCCGGCACAAAGCCUAACAGAGGGAGAGAUGAUUAGUAACCUCUUCAUCUUUACUGCUGCGGGCUUCGAAACAACGGCGACCACGUUGGCGUAUGCUAUGGUUCUUCUGGCCAGAUACCCCGAGUGGCAGGAGUGGCUUCUCGAACAAGUCGAUGAGCUCGUAUCUGCCGACGAGCCGGAAGCCAUGGAGUACACAACAAUUUUUCCACAAGCCACUCGCAUAAUGGCCUUCAUGCUGGAAACAGUGAGGCUGUAUUGCCCGGUACCGCAUGUGCACCGGGAGACCACGUCCCCACAGACCCUUGAAACAUCGGCAGGUACUAUUCGAUUACCUGCUGAAACUAGGGUCUAUAUAAACCCAGUGGCCAUUCACCUCUUACCGUCAUGGCGGGACAUUAACCGCCAAUCGGAUCCGGCGUUCUUUAAGUCUGACCCAACAGUCUCUGAUGAGCACGCAUUUCGACCCUCGAGAUGGCUCAACCCACCGGAUUCGACCCAUGACCUUUUCCACCCACGAAAAGGAACAUUUGUGCCGUGGGCAAUGGGGCCACGGAUUUGCCCAGGACAGAAAAUGGCCCAAGUCGAAUUCACGGCUGUCAUGUUGACGUUGCUGAAGAAACACCGUAUCGAAGCUGUACCACUAAAAGGGGAAAGACAGAAGGAGAUUAAGGAACGACUGGAUGCAAGGCUUCGCGACAGCCAGUGGGUCACCGUUUUGCAGAUGAAUGGUGUGUUUGAUCCUAAGGAGAAUGAGGGGCUGCAAAUGAGGAUUUUGGAACGUAGAUAAAACAAAUUAGGUGUGAUGUCUUGUAGUUAACUCACUGUUAAAGGGAUAUCGGUGUGAUAGUUUUUCAUUUGGACAGAACCUUUCAACAAGGCGUAUGAUAGAUUCCGCUAUUUUACAGAUUGAACGUGGUGGUUUUCAAUGAGCGGUCCAAAAUAGCAGAGUACAUAGUAUGCCUGUAUUUGCCGCACCUGCUUUGUGACGAGGCGAGUUUGUGGUUUGGGGGUACAGCCGAAAGUUUGCUUUAUCAUGCUCAUUUGGUUCAAUUAUGCCCUCUGCAAACAAAGAGAAGGGCUAGGCCCAUUCAUUUUCUUUACUAAUUAUAUUACAUG